AUGCCUCCUCUCAAGGUCCUUAUUGUCGGAGCGGGCAUUGGCGGCCCAGCUGCUGCGUUCUGGCUCUCCCGCAUUGGCUGCGACGUCACCAUCGUCGAGCGCAGCCCCACACUCCGUGCCACCGGCCAACAGAUCGACCUCACCGGGCAGGGGAUCGUCUUAUUGAGGAUGAUGGGAAUCGAAGAUGCGGUGCGGGCCGUCCGAUGCCCCGAGCCUGGCAUGCGGGUUCUCGACCAUCUAGGCAGAAGCAAGGCCUACUUUCCGGUCAACACCAGCGGCAAGGGCCUGUCCCCGACACGCGAGCUCGAGGUCAUGCGCGGAGACUUGGUGCACAUCCUGUACGAGGCCACCAAGUCCCUCAAAGGGGUGAAGUACAUUUUCGACUCCCACAUCGACAGCUUCGCCCAGGAUGACGAGGGUUCGCCGGCCGAAAAAGUCCACGUCACGUUCUCGGACGGCAGGCAGGAUGACUACGACGUCCUCAUCGGCGCCGACGGCACCGGCUCUGCGACGCGCGGACUCAUGCUGGGGUCUUCGUUCCCGGAUCCGCGCCGCGACCUCGGCGUGCACAUGGCCUUCUUCACAGCGCCGUCCCGGGAGGACGACACGUACGACUGGACCGUGUGCCACAUCCCAGGCGGCAAGGCGCUCAUGACCCGCAAGGAUAGGCCGGAGAACAUCAGGGUGUACCUCGCCACCCGCACUGGGCGCGCCGCCCUGGACGCGGCGAAAACCCCCGCGGAGCAGAAGGCGGUAUUGGCGGAGCUGUUCAAGGGCGCGGAAGGCUGCCAGUCCGAGCGGUUCUUGCGGGAUUUGGUAGAGGCUCUGAGGCAGAUCCGUCUACCCGAAGGUGCAUGGUCUCGGGGACGGGUCGUGCUUCUCGGUGACGCGGCAUACUGCCCGGCGCCUAUUGGGGGUGGCGUGGCGACGACGGCUGCGCUCGUCGGGGCCUAUGUGCUCGCUGGGGAGAUUGCGAAGCAGUGGAAGAAGAAUGAAGAAUCACCCGGCACGUUCAACAUGGAGGAGGCGGCGAAGGAGUACGAGCGCAUCGUGAGGCCGUUCAUCACGGCCAAUUCGCAAGUGUCACCCUGGAUGAUGAGGCUCUGGUUCCCUGAGACGAGACUUGGCAUACGGACUUUCCACGCGCUCGAGACGGCUCAAGAAGAAACACAGACACUCAAAUACUCCGACUACUUUGGGUUAGGGUCGGGAAGAUGAGGGCGCAUGGA